AUGAGCGCUGCAACUUUCUGGAGGAUUGGAGCCGUUUUCGGCGCUACGGCAGUUGGCCUGGGAGCAUUCGGAGCUCACGGCUUAAAGAAUCGCAUCUCCGACCCUCAGAAAAUCGCCAAUUGGGUCACUGCAGCACAGUAUCAGCUCAUUCACUCCGGAGUCAUGCUUGUGGCUCGUGGAAACCCCGUUGCCUGCGGUCUCUUCACUGCCGGGAUGACCAUGUUUAGCGGCAGCAUCUACGCCCUCGUCUUGGAUCCCGACCACUUCAAGCCGCUGGGGCCCGUCACACCGCUGGGCGGUCUGUGCUUGAUUGGCGGCUGGGUCGCUCUCGCUGUUACCAAGAAUCCCGCCAUGGCCGGAUGGCCACACCAACUCUUUCUCGGAGGUGGCCUCACAAUCCUAACUCGCAACGACCUAGAUGCCGCGCAGAAUGAUGGGUCAGGGGCCAUCCUCGUUAGCCAAGCAAGUCCAUACUCGGCUGCCAGCACGGCAUGUACUCUUCUGGGAGAGGUUCCGUGGAAUCCGGACAAGAAUGAUUUCGACAAAGCUCUUAACAGGUCUCUAAUAUACCAAGAAUAUCAAGGGCUUGCAACAAAGGACCAGCUAUAUUGGGUUUCCAAGGCUGACGAAGCGGAUGACACCUGUAGAGGCAUUGACGCCCAAGGCCAAGUCCAAGAUCUCGACUGUCUCAGCGAGAUCCCAACGCUCUGCACCCAAAGCGCACCAAUAUCCAACUCCUCCUUCUCAAACAGCAGUGCUGCAUGGCAAGUAACACAAGUUGUUGACCAGUCUCAGUUCACUGGAUACAGGGACUACCACACUUGGAAGUUUCGCGGGAUACGAUAUACAAAGACACCAGAGCGCUUCACCUACGCAGCUCCGUAUCUGCAGGACGGCGAUGUGAUGGCGAUCACUGCAGGUGCAGAUUGCGUACAGCCUAUCGGUGAGGUGACGUCUGGCAGCAGCGAGGACUGUCUGUUUAUGAACAUCUGGACGCCGUAUCUACCCCCCAUGUCUGGUGCCAAAGAAGCUCAACUGAAACCCGUCAUGGUAUAUCUCUAUGGAGGCGGGUUCACCUCCGGAUCAGGCAAGAAUCCGAACACUGACGGUACGAAUUUGGCCUCUCGCGGUGAUGCCGUGGUACUCUCGGUAAAUUAUCGUGUGGGUAAUACUGGCUUCCUAGCUUUCAACGACGGGGUACACAACGGGAAUUACGGGAUUUCAGACAUGGUGGCAGCACUGGAGUGGGUCAACAAGUACGUCAAGUAUUUUGGCGGCGAUGCUGGGAGGGUGACUGUGUUUGGCGAGUCUGCCGGAGCCAUGGCGACACACCUGCUGCUCGCCUCGCUCAAGGCCAAGGGACUUUUCCACCGGGCCAUCAUGCAAUCCGAUCCCACCGGAUAUCCAAAUAAUGGCAAAUUCACAUGGUCUCAAUAUGCUGCAAUCGAGGACGCAUACGAGGAUGGGACUAAGAAAGUGUUGAAUGAGACGGCCUGCCUGCUACCAAGCAAUACUAGUACAGCUUCACAAAUCGAUUGUUUAAGCAAAAUAUCUGGGUUUGAUCUCGUUAAUCUCACUACAAAUUUCAAUGGUGCUGUAGUUGACGGCACGUAUCUGACCUACCAUGAGUUGGUCGUCAAUGAAACGAACUAUUAUUCGAACAAUGUCGAUGUCAUGACCGGCGUUAACAGGGACGAAGUUGGCGUUCAGGUUAACAACUACCCAGAAAAUGGUACAACCUUUACCAAAUACUUCCAAACCCAUCUUCGCAGCAGCACAGAACUCUACCCCUGA